UCCAGGACUACGAGCUUUUACCAAGUCCUAUUGACGACUAUGGAGCAAACACUAAUGUAGAAAGUGUCGCACAACCGGCAAAAUCCUGCCAUCACCUAAAACAAAAGCAAAACUACCAUAUUUUAGUCUCUUCCCUGAACCAUAUAUCCCUUACUCAUUUUAGACUUUUCUUUGGUUUCCACUUCCCCGAUGGAUUCUCAAUCUUUUUGCUCAUUUCUCUUUGUUUUUUCUUUCUAUCUGAUUUGCUUCUCCGUCGCCAGCUGCUUGGAAUUCACUUAUCCUCCGGCCAGCUUCGACCCAAACGACGCCAAUGUUAUUGUUAGAGGUUCAACUAGAGGUCAAUCAGAAUUUGGGGAGCCGGUGAUUCGACUCAUUGAUCCUGAUCCUGUUACAGGGACACGCCAAAAUGCUAGUGGCCGAGUUUACUACCACGAACCUUUUCAACUGUGGGAUCCCAGAACAAAUAUGAUCACGGAUUUCACCACUAGUUUUGACUUCGCAAUCUUGUUUGGCGAGCAGCAGUAUAAUUCAAGUGUGAGUUCUGGUGGUGUUGCCUUGUUUAUAACUUCAGAGGAGUCGCUGACUGCUCCUAGAAAUUCUGGUGGAGGAUGGUUGGGGCUAUUCAACGAGACCAUUAAUGGGAAUUCAUCGAACCAAAUUGUUGCCGUUGAAUUAGAUACGUUCAGAAACGAAUGGGAUCCUAGCAACAUCCAUAUUGGCUUUGAUGUCAACUCUAUUGAUUCCAAGAAUAGCACAAAUUGGAAUGAGGAUCUGGUCAGUAAUAGUACCUAUCACCGUGCCACGCUCUCUUACAAUGGAACAUCUAAGGCUCUUAGUAUUGUUGUCGAACUCGCAGAUAUUUUUGGUCAAUCAGAAGCGUUGAGUCUCACUUACAAUGUGGAUUUAAGUACAGUGUUGCCGCCGAAGGUGUAUAUUGGUUUCUCAGCAUCAAGCGGACAGGCAACGCCAGCUCAAUUGAUAAUAAGUUGGAAUUUUACCUCAAACAUGAGUCCAAUUGAAGAAGGUGAUAACAAUAAUAAAGGUUUUGAGAUGUGGAAGGUGUGGUUAAUCAUAGCAGUGGUGGUCUUUUUUGUAGGGGUGGGACUGAUAGUUGGUAUUUUGUGGAGAAAUUCAAGAAGAAAGAAACCUGACGCAAAAGAAGAAGAUUAUCAUGAUGAAGAACUAGGAAUCGAUGACAGCAUGGACAUGGAUUUUGCAAAGGGAACUGGACCGAAGAGAUUCACCUUUAAGGCAUUGGUUAGUGCAACUGGAAACUUUUCAGAAGAGGGAAAACUUGGGCAGGGAGGGUUCGGAGGUGUCUAUAGGGGUUACUUGGCAGAGGAAAACACCGAAAUUGCAGUCAAGAAAAUAGCUAGCAACUCCAAUCAAGGGAAAAAGGAAUAUGUUUCUGAGGUGAAGACCAUAAGUCGUUUGAGACACCGGAAUUUAGUUCAACUCAUUGGUUGGAGCCAUGAAAAUGCUAAUUUCCUUCUAGUUUACGAGUACAUGCCUAACGGAAGCCUAGACACUCACCUUUAUGGCAAGGGUAAUCGUCUUCCAUGGCCAAUCAGAUAUAAAAUUGUUAAAGGAUUGGCUUCUGCCUUGCUCUAUCUCCAUGAGGAAUGGGAGCAAUGUGUGAUUCACAGAGACGUCAAGCCAAGCAAUAUAAUGCUGGAUUCAAACUUCAAUGCCAAACUAGGUGAUUUUGGUCUGGCUAAACUUCUAGAACAUGGCCUUGGCUCGCAAACAACAAUUUUAGCUGGGACUAUGGGCUAUUUGGCCCCUGAAUACGUGAUCACAAGCAAAGCUAGCAAGGAAUCUGAUGUGUUUAGCUUUGGGGUUGUGGCCCUAGAGGUGGCUUGUGGGCGCAGAGCUGUGGAAAAUAACAAAGAAGAGACUAAAAUGGUCUUGUCCAAUUGGAUUUGGGAGCUACAUGCGAAUGGAAAGCUUCUUGAAGCAGUAGAUCAAACAUUGAAUGGAGAAUUUAAUGAAGACGAGAUGAGAUGCUUGCUAUCUGUUGGAUUAUGGUGCACUCAUACAGAUUAUAAGCUAAGGCCUUCCAUAAGGCAGGCAAUUCAAGCUCUCAAUUUUGAAGUCCCGUUGCCCAUUCUUCCACCCCAAAUGCCAAUGGCUUUGUAUUUUCCUCCAGUUGUUUUGAAUCAAUUCGAUUUUACAAACACGUAUGAGGCCAGGAGCCAAGCCACUUGUUCAACAGCCACUACCUCAAAUCCAAGCACCUUAUUUGAAUGCUUUCAUCCAAUUUCCUCAUCUGAAGAGGUUUCAGCUUUGGUUCACACUCACGGCUGUUAAAUCAACAUGUUUUUCCCUUUUAAUUAUUUCAUUAUUGUUCAUUCUUGCCUGAAACAUGUUCCUUUCUAAAUGUAUAUCAAUUUUAUCUGUGACCAAUGUGGUUUGUUUUGGUAUUUUGAAGAAGAAUGAAACAGAAGGGGAAAUUAAGGAAAAAAAAUCUAAUGAAAGGGUCAGAAAACGUGUUUGGACCUUUUGUUCACUUGAUUUAACCUUUAAGCCAUCUUUCAUAACUAGAAAUUCAUCAUACAUCCACCCCUUUUCCAAAAGCAAAUUUUACUAGUCAGACAUGAAGUCAAUUUUCUUUUCAUAAUACAUGUGAAUCAGUCAAGUUCACUAUAACAUGUUCUUCUAAAUUUAAUUUACCAGAAAAAAAAAUGCACUGCUAUAACUAUCCGUUCAAUUCUGAUUUUAGUAUUUGGGUUUCUUACUUGCAUGAACCAUUAAUUUUUGAAAAACAAAUUUUCUAACUAUAAAAGGUUUUCAUUUUCUUCUACUUCCUGCUGCAAUUUUUCUUUUUGGUUUUAUAGUCAGACUAUCCAUUUUUCCACUGAAAAGAAAAGGUCAUCUUU